AUGGUGCCGCUGGCCACCAGGGCUCCCCCGGCAUGCGCUCCCGCGCGCAGAACCUCCCAUGUGGCCUGCAGCAACCGCCGUGGCGCCGUCGGCACGGUCAGCACAAAGCCCCGCCUCAUGCUUCUGCGCGCUGUGGCGGCCCAGACGGUGCAGGCCAGGGCGGGCGGUGCGGGCACGGUGGCAGUGACGUUCACAAUUAACAAAAAGCUCAACUUUGGGCAGCAGAUGGUGCUGGUGGGGGACGCGGAGGCGCUGGGGGCCUGGGAGCUGGAGCGGGCGCCGGUGCUGACGUGGAGCGAGGGAGACGACUGGCGCGUCACGCUCGACCUCCCCGCAGGCUCGCAGCUGGAGUACAAGUUUGCGGUGACAAGCCCGCACGAGCCGCCGGUGUGGGAGGAGUGCGCCAACCGUUCCUGGAGCGCCGAGACGCCCUUUGCGGUGCUGGGCUGCUCCUGGGACUCAACAGAGGUGUCCACGCGGGCGGGCGCCAGGGACGGCGGCCUGAUGCUCGACCUCCCUCCCGCCUACAAGCCCGCGCAGGCGAUGCCAAACAGCUUCAGCGCCGCGCUGGCCAAGCGGCGCGACGCGGUGACAGCCGUGAACGGCGCCAUGGCGGCCGCCAGCGGCGCCACCGCGGCCGCCGAGGCGGUGGUCGCCGCGGCGGAGGCGGCCGCCGCGGCGGUGGCGCAGGCCGUCACCGCCGCCGAGGCCGUGGUGGCGGAGCUGUCGGCGGCGGGCAGCAGCUCCGCGCUCAAGGCCCAGCCUGUGAACGCCACCCUGGUCGACGCCCACUACUCUCCUGAGCAACUGGCCUUCCUGAACCGCAAGCGCUCGGGGUCUCCUGGGAUGGCUGCCCAGGCAACCGCCGUGGCCUCCAGGCCCGCCCAGCAGACCGCCGCCGCCGCCGCGGAAGCCGUGCUGGCGGCCACCACCGCCGCCGCGGGCGCCGCCGCCAACGUUGUCGCGGUGGCAGAGUCGGUGGCGGCUGAGCUGACGGGAGCGGCGCCGGCCGCCGGCGCCGCCGCCUCGCCCGCCAAGGCCCACCACGCCGCGCCCUCGGCGGCGGCGGGUGCCAGCUACACCCCUGAGCAGCUGGAGUUCAUGCGGCGCAAGCUCAACUCCAGCGUGCGGGCGCAGCCCGCCGCCGCCAACGGAGCCGCCCCGGCGGCAGCCAGCCGGGCCGGCCCCGCCCCUGCCGGCCACGAAGCCGCCUACUCACCUGAGCAGCUUGAGUUCCUGCGCCGCAAGGGCGUGUCGCCACAGAGCGCAGCCCCGCCGCCGCCGCCGCCUGCGAGACCAGGCAGCCCGACGCGCCCCCAGGCGCCGCGGCCGUCCAGCCGGCCGCGGUCGCCCAGCCCCAGCGGCGGUGCUGCACCCGGUGGGCAGCACUACUCUCCUGAGCAGCUGGCCUUCCUGCGGCGCGCGGGCAAGGCGUGA